UUGCCUCCCUUACCAUGCCACCGUGUCGCCUUGUCUGCAAGAUUCUUGCCUUUUGUGUUUUUCACUUUCGUCUUCUUGUGUCACAAAGACAAAAUUCCUUUUCCUUUUCUGAUGCAAUUGAGACUCCGGCAAAGGUCCAGAGCUUUUCCUUUCUGAUCAAAUAGACCAAAGAAUAGCUGACCGGAGACCGAAUAAUUGCAUCCGAUUCUGCUUCUGCUUUCUAACGCCACCGUUUCGUGGUGACUUGCUUCUUCUCCAGUCUCCACUCUCCUAUUCUUUGGCCUAUUUGAUCAAUGAGGAGAAUGAGGAAGAAGAUGCGAUUGAGGAAGAUUGCGAAUUGGGUAGCGGAAGGGCGGGUUCUUGCCCUCCCCUCUGGAACAGCUGCUCCCAGCCACGAUCAGGAAAGUCCUGAUCGAGCUGGGCCUUGAGGAGUUUAUUUCUUUCUUAAUUCCCCUAACUAAUGACAAUCCCAGAGCCUUUAUAGACUAGGCAGCUGGACAAUCCGGCUAACAACCAAAUCUCAACUAAGCAACGACAAUUAAACAAACGCCUAGACUUAUCUCCUCAAGGUUGUUAAUGACGCUGCGCCAUCCUUGAAUUCAGCCACUUUCAGUUGCUGCCGCCGGCACCGUAUCCUUGCUGCGACGCCUGUACGUCUUGCCGACGAAAGCGACGGAACCACCUUGCCACUGUAUCAGAUACUUCCUCAUUUGAUGGUAAAUGCUCGCUGUGCAAUGAGACUGCGAAAGAGAAUACAACACGAGGAAAUGAAAUCUGCCUACCAACGAAGACUCCUUUCUGAUGCAGAAUCAGUACGCUGGUUGAAUCAUGCAAUCAAAAAGAUGUGGCCUAUCUGUAUGGAGAAGAUCGUUUCACAACUUCUACGACCCAUCAUACCAUGGUUUUUGGAUAAGUUCAAACCUUGGACUGUUAGCAAAGCAAGUAUUCAGGAGCUUUACAUGGGUAGGAAUCCACCAAUGUUUACCUCGAUGAGGGUUCUACCUGAGACAUCAGAUGAUGAUCAUUUGGUUCUUGAGCUAGGAAUGAAUUUUCUCUCUGCUGAAGAUAUGAGUGCUGUACUUGCUAUGCAACUGCAUAAGAGUGUGGGACUGGGAAUGACCGUGAACAUGCAUUUAUCUAGCAUGCAUGUCGAGGGAAAGAUUUUAGUUGGUGUGAAGUUUGUUCGGAGUUGGCCAUUUCUUGGCCGUGUAAGGCUAUGUUUUGUGGAGCCUCCUUAUUUUCAGAUGACUGUGAAACCACUCAUUAAUCAUGGACUUGAUGUCACUGAGUUUCCAGGAAUUUCAGGAUGGCUGGAUAAGUUGAUGGAUACUGCAUUUGGGCAGACAUUAGUUGAGCCUAAUAUGCUUGUUAUCAACGUGGAAAAAUUUGCAUCUACUCCUUCAGAAAAUAACUGGUUCAGCAUUGAAGAGAGGCCUCCUAUUGCAUACGUGAAACUUGAGAUUUUAGAAGGAACUGACAUGAAAUCAUCUGAUAUAAAUGGACUUGCGGACCCUUAUGUGAAAGGCCGUCUUGGCCCUUUCAAAUUCCAAACACAGAUACAGAGAAAAACACUAUCACCCAAGUGGUUUGAAGAAUUUAAAAUACCAAUCACAUCGUGGGAAGCAUCAAAUGAACUUGUCAUGGAAGUUCGUGAUAAGGACCCCAUGUUUGAUGACUCACUUGGAGCAUGUACCAUUGAUGUACAUGAGCUGAGAGGUGGACAGAGACAUGACAAAUGGAUAUCGCUGAAGAAUGUCAAGAAAGGAAGGAUUCGCUUGUCAGUAACAGUAGAAGAUAUAUCAGAGGACAAAAAUGUAUCAGGUUUGGAAGAAUCAUUGAGAAAAGCUGAUCCUGAACUGCCACUGUCGACCUCUAUUGAGAACAAUUUGGAUGUUGAUGAACUGCCUGAAGAAAAGGAAGUUUUAAUGGAUGAAGUGGAGCACAUUAGCAUUGAUGGAGAAGAACAACCUGGAGGGUUAUAUGUGCAUCGCCCUGGCACUGGGGUUCCCAAGACAUGGGAGUCCCGGAAAGGACGAGCACGUAGUCCGGACACACAGAUCUACCAAGAGAUUGACAAGUCAAAGGAAAUACCCACACCAAAAAGCAGUGGACAAGGGGGUCUGUUCAACCUAGGCUCUUUUUUCCGGAAGAACUCAAGGAAGGGGAGCUCCAAAGAUCUUGAUCCCAGUCUGCCUACAACUCCGGGUUCUCAGAGUGUGACAGAGCUUGAUCCGAAGCUCCCCGAAACUCCACGUCCCAAUCUGAAGGAGCUUGGCGAGAAGCGGACAUCGAUAAAGAUUGUAGUCAAUGAAGAGGCAAGUCCAGCAUGCAAGGUAGGAGAUGCAGAGAACUCAACAGAAGAUGUAGCAAAGGUGAUCGAGAAAAACGUGGGUGAACCAGGAAGAUCACUGACAAGCACAUUGAGCAGGAAGGUGUCUAGGAAGAGACCGGAGGACAGGUUAUCAGAUAUCCCGGAGCAGACUGAAGCGCAUGAAUCUGAGUUGGUGAGUGAAGGGCCUAUUCCGGUCCAAGGUAAACCAAUAGAAGGCCAUCUGACAACGGAGCAUGGCAAUGGAGAUGGUGCUACUACUCAGGCCUAACAAGGAUCGCAACUUUGCAAGAUUAGCAGUUUUUGUUCUUGUAAUCUUGUUGGUAGAUUUGGUUUGCAUAUGUAGCCUUGUUUGUUCAUAGUGACGAAGAACAAUUUUAGAGAUGGUAGCCUUGUUUUUGUUGUUCGUACAGUAGUUGUGAAGAAUAACUAUUUAGAAAUGGUUGUAAAUAAAAUAUAAGAACGAGCAGUGUGUUGUGCAGUUAUAUAGACGCUCAUGUUGUAAAGCUUGCUUUGUUCGAUGGAAAUUCUGUAAAGAAACAUAAGUAGCGUAAUAUUCCAGACUA